GCAUUGACGCCGUGCGCUGCAGCCCACCCCAUCUCAGGCUCCCUCCUGCCCCAAGAUCAGCGUCCAGUGGGCCGCACCAUGGCCAUGAGCCUUCUGCAGGACUGGUGCCGGGGCCUGGACGUGGACGCGCACAGGGCCCUGCUGGUCACCGGCAUCCCGGAGGGCCUGGAGCAGGCGCACGUCGAAGCCGCCCUGCAGCCUUCCCUCCUGCCCCUGGGCACGUUCAGACUGCGACGCAUGAAGGCCUUGACGAACGAGAAGGCCCAGGCUGCCCUGGUGGAGUUUGUGGAGGACGUCAAUCACGCCGCCAUUCCCAGGGACAUCCCGGGCAAGGAUGGGGUCUGGAGGGUUCUGUGGAAGGACCGUGCGCAGGACACGAGGGUCCUGAGGCAGAUGAGACGCCUGCUGCUGGAUGACGGGCCUGUGCAGGCCGCGGUGGCUGGGACCCCGGGGGAGGCGCCCACCCUUCCCGCUUCGGAGACCCAGGCCCAGGAUUCUGGGGAGGUUGGCUCUCCUCUUGGGGCAGCCAAGAACGCAAGGAGAGGCCGGCGGGGUCGCAGAAACAGAACCAGACGCAACAGGUUGACUCAGAAGGGCAAGAAGAGAAGCCGAGGAGGGCGGCCAUCCGCUUCCGCGAGGAGUGAGGCCGAGGACUCUUCCGACGACAGCCUGGGCAUCGUGAUCGAGGAGAUCGACAAGGGCGACCUGAGCGGAGACGAGGACCAGAGCGCGCUGUACGCCACGCUCCAGGCGGCCGCCAGGGAGCUGGUUAGGCAGUGGGCGCCCUGCAGCUCCGAGGGGGAAGAAGACGGUCCCCGCGAGUUCUUGGCUCUGGUCACUGUCACCGAUAAAGCCAAGAAAGAAGAGGCAGAGAAGGAGCCAGCUGGGGCCGAAUCCAUCCCCUUGAACACCAAAGAAGGCAAAAGCUGCAUCCCCGACUUAGUGGCCCUGCUGGCUGUGAGAGACACCCCGGAGGAGGAGCCGGUGGACAGCGACGCCUCGGAGAGCGACUCGCAGGAAAGUGAGGACCAAGAAACAGAGGGGUUGGACAAUCCUGAGUUCGUGGCCAUUGUGGCCUAUACCGACCCGUCGGACCCCUGGGCCCGGGAGGAGAUGUUGAAAAUCGCUUCUGUGAUCGAGUCGCUGGGCUGGAGCGACAAGAAAGACAAGCAAGACGCGCUCCGACAGGUCCUGUCCGUCAUGUCCAAGGACACUUGCGGGACCCGCGUGAAGGUGGAGGAGGCGGGCCGCGAGGUGGACGCGGUGGUCCUGCGCAAGGCCGGAGACGACGGGGACCUCCGGGAGUGCAUUUCCACCUUGGCGCAGCUGGAUCUCCCUCCCCAGGUGAAGAAGGCUGGGCGUGGCCUCUUCGGGGGCUGGGGCGAGGACGGUGAGGAUGAGGGGGGCCUUCUGGAGCUGGUGGCGCUCCUGGCUGCGCAGGAUAUGGCGGAGGUGAUGAAGGAAGAAAAAGAAAACGCCUGGGAAGGCGGGAAGUACAAAUACCCCAAAGGCAAACUGGGGGAGGUAUUGGCGCUCCUGGCCGCCAGGGAAAACCUGGGGUCCAACGAGGGUUCGGAGGAAGCUUCGGACGAACAGUCCGAGGAAGAGUCGGAGGACACGGAGAGCGAGGCGUCGGAGGAGCCCGAGGACAGGGCAUCCACGAAGCCCCGGGCCAAGAGGGCUCGCACCGCCCCCCGGGGCCUGACUCCGGCCGGCGCACCACCCACCGCGUCCGGGGCCCGCAAAACGCGCGGGGGCGGCAGAGGCCGAGGCCGGGGCGUCACUCCCGAGAAGAAAGCCGGGAGCCGGGGCUCGGAUCUGGACGACGCCGCGGGAAGCAGGAAGAAAAAGGGGAGCACGGGCGCUGGUGCCCACGUCAAGGCCGGCGAGGCCAAGGGCCAGGCUUCCACUGGCUCCAAGGCCGCGCGCGGGAAGAAAGCCCGUCGGGGCCGUAGGCUGCCCCCUAAAUGCCGCUAGCGGCCCCCCGGGCUGUGAGCCGGCCCAGCAGGGCGCCCGAGUGUGCCCCUCCCCCCGCCCUCCCUCUCCCUGCCCUCUUCCCUCCCUCCGCAGGCGCGACCUCCUCGCUUCACCCGGCGCCCGGGCUGCGUUUGCCGGUGUCACGUUCCCCUCUCGGGCCCUCACGGGCCUGGGGCACCAGCGAUCCCGACGGAGGAAGCCCAGAUGGAUGGAGGAAAGAGACGUACUCUCGAAGCAGCGGCGAGGGGCCGAGAUGGGCACCAGGGUUGGGGGGCCCGGGUCGCCCCUGGCGGGGGUGUGGGUGGACACCGGGCAUCUGCGGAGGCGAGCAGGGCUCUUUACGGAGCCCGAGCCUGGCAGGGGCUGCCGGUCGCUGUCUCCCCCUCCCCAGUCUGACUCGGCCCAGGGUCUGUGAUGGAGGUUUGGUCACCAGCUGAGCAGCGCGUGUCAGGGCGCAGCUCCCAGCCAGAGGAGGCCCCAGCUCCUACCCAGGAGAGGAGAUUAUUCCAGCAAGGAAAAGUCAGAGAGACUGACGGGGGAUGGGAAGGGGAGGAGGAGAAAAGGGGAGAGGAACGGUGGGGGAAGGGAAGGAGGAGGA